AUGGAGUAUCGUUUGGUGUGCGUGGCCCUCUUGGCCCUCACCAUCGGCCAGGCGUUUGGGACCGAGAGGGUGGAUUUGGACGACAGAUGCUCCCAAAUAUAUCCUCCGUGUGAUCACCCAAGAACCCAAGCCCUUCUUCCGCUCCUUGACGACCUGGAGUCUAGAAAUAUGCAGCGCGCCAGCAUGAACACUUACAUGGACUACGUCUUGACGUACAUAGCGCCGAUUUUCCGGGACUCCGGCAUGGUUCCCAUGGAUUUGCCAGACACCUCGAUUGGCUGGGAGGCGCAACCAAUUUGGAUAACGUACGGUGGCAUCAUUGACUUGCACAAUGGCCUUCUUCACGACAUCGAGAAUGUAUUCCGGGCGGGCAACUGCUACUUGUCCUACAAUCGCCAACUCCUCAGGAUGGAGAUUUUGUCCCGUCUCUCGAGGAUGCCGUUCCACUACGACUACGAAACACGUGUGAUGGGCUUGGGCAUAUUCCGAGGUUGGGUUGAGGGCCACAUGGAGAACAUGGUGAUGACUAAGGACUUCCUCCUCGACAUGUUCGACUUCUUCCUCUUUAUGCAGCACUUCCGUGUGCUCUCAAUUGGCAAUGUUCACGUGCGCGUCCGUGGCAACAUUCUCACUGAUUGGUUGGCAAAUGUCAUCAUUGAUAUUGUUAUCUUCUUCUUCGAGAACACAGUUGUGAACCUCGUCUCGGAGACACUCCAAGAAUUCAUCCAGGAAGUCAUCGAUGAAACUAACGCCAACCGCGUGCGCUUUUCCGCGCUUUCUGGCGUGCUCAUGGAAUCACUGCAAGACCCAAACCCACCCUCAAUGGACAAGUUUGGCGACGAUGUCAUGAGAAUGUUCCAGAAGCGCAUCAACGUAUAA